GGGCUAUUGCGCACCAGCUGGGAAGGAGUCAAUGAGAAUUCGCUCCCUAAACGACGCGCCAAUUUGGAAGCGAAUUCUCAUUGGCUCUUGAGAGAUGCGCAGAAUGUCGAAAAUGAGCCCUCGGGAAAAACACACCUACAUCAUGAUGUCAGUAGCGUUGUCGCCAAAGACAAAUGGCAGUUCUGUACCAUGGGUUUCUGUGUUUACAGAUAAAUAUAUUAUUACUACUUCAAAAAAAUAUAAAUAAUUCCAAUUAAUAUGGAAGAUGAAGUUUCAUUUAUAGAGAAGUACAUCAUCGGUGACCACAUCCUUAUAAGCUUAUACUCAGAUAACAUUUUUGAAGGAGAUAUAUCCGAUCUUGGAACCAACAGAAUUGAUUUAACAAAUGUGAAAGAACAUAAUAAUGCAAAUAUCUUAAAUGGAAUAUAUUCCUUUUACCGAAAUGAAAUAAAAUCAAUACAAAUAUUUAAGGUCCAAGUGAACCAAAAACCAGAUAUUUCACAACAAAUUGUCCUAGAGAAGGAUUCAACUAAACUAUUAAUAACAAAGGAUGAAUACGAUAGACUAAGGACAAUGUCCAGAAACUUUAUAUACAUAGAUAAACCCGACUGGCGCUACUUUCAAGCAAUGGAAUUACUGACCCGAGCAGAAACAUUGGGUGUCAUAGGACUUGGUGUGGAAAAAAGAAGGACAGGUUCAAUAAAAUUACUUGCAGUGAGUGUAUGGGACAAGAUAUAUAUAUUUGAUUUUCUAAAUAAACAAAAUUAUUUCUACCCCGAAUUGAAAAUGAUUUUAGAAUCUGAGUAUAUAUGUAAAGUAAUACAUGAAGCUGGACCAUUCUUAGAUGUUUUAUAUAGGAAAUACAAUGUUUUGGUGAGAAAUGUAUUUGACACACAGAUUGUGGAUCUGAUUAUUAAGAAGAAAGAAACUGGAAAUGUACCUCUUCCAAUAAGAGAUUUGUCUGAUCUAUUAACUGAUUAUCUGAACUUUCCUACAGGUUAUUUACGAAAAGCAUUAGAAAUCAGUAUUUCCGAAUGGGCUGAGAGACCUCUUAGUGAUAUACAUAAAGGUUAUGCCUCUCAAUUAGUUACCUAUUUACUUGUAAUUAGAGAAAAUAUGCAAAGGACUUUAUUAUCAGAAGUUUUUGCUGCAAUUAAUAAUAUUCAUAAUACAUAUUAUUAUAUGAACAGUUACAAGUUUUCAAGUAUUUGGAAUUCAAAACAAAUAUCAAAGGAAAUACAGGAACUCAUUCCUGAUACUGUAAACUUUUCUAUCAAAUGAUACUGUUUUAUAUAAUCAUUGUAAUUUAUAACUGUAAGUUUCUAAAAUUUUAUUAGGAUUACAUUAUUGGGAUUAAAUAAUGCAAUACUUAGUGAAGAAUAAUGUUUUUAUGUAAAUUAAUAAUAAAAAAGUUUAUAUAAAUUUAUAUUAAAAUCGAAGUGUUUAUAAAGACAAAAAGAUAAAA